UCAUCACACUCGUCACAAAAAUUAGGGUUUCACAUCAGUCUCGGAGCUGCAGUGCGCGAAUACUUGUGCGAUUUGGAUGCGAAAGUUGGGAAAUUGAGUGGUAUUUCCUCCUUCGAUUGGUAAGCGAUGAAUGCGCACCCGUUUGAAGGGCUGAAUAUGAUCCCGGAAGAGUUCAGAGAGUCGAUUCCGGAGGUAGAUGAUGAGAGGUCGUUCGCCGAGAAGAGCCUGGAGGAGGACAACGCGAAGCCAAUCGUGAAGAAGGCGAGGCGGUUGCUGUACAGGAGAUUGAAGGUGGGAGUCGAGGAUGGACGCAUCUUCGUGGGGAAGUUUCAUUGUCUGGAUAAACAAGGGAACAUAAUCUUGUAUGAUACGGUUGAGUUUCGAAAUGUGCCCAGUUCGGGGGAAGUGAGAGCGGAAGAGGACGUGGGAGGGGGGGCGCCUGUCGAGCAGCGUAGCCUGGGGCUGGUUCUGAUUCCGGCUCGGUGCCGGACUUUGUGCCAUGUAGAGUGUUCGUUGAAUGAGAAGAUGGACCUUCUGAGUUUAGGUUCCUGAAGAACGAUGGCAUCGGCCACGAGCCAAGAGCGUUGUUACAAUUUUUAUCAACUUAUUGGGCCGGGAUUUGGAGAAGAGCUCCACGCUGAGAUGGGGCCGAUUACUCUUUCAGAGGCCGGCACCGAGAAAUUGAACUCGAAUACUGAGUCCCUUUGGUGGCUACGUAUGUAUCAUAAUUCAUCGAUUUAGGUGCUAAUUUUCACAUCUGAAAUCAUCCAAAUACAAAUUGUUUUUCACAUCUGUCAUUGUCAUGUUCUUGUCAUCUUCUAGUGCUUAUCUGAAGAUGCGCUCUACUGCUCGUUCAAGAAGUGAGGAGCCUUAUUAGUCGUUCUUUUGUGUGUGCUCCUAAUAAAUGAAAUUUCAUUGUGAGUGGGUUUGGAGA